AUGACUGUGCAGUGUAGUUACACUUCUUUGCGCGUUGGGAACAGUGGCGGCGCGCUGAUACUAGCAUCGCUUACUGAUGACGAGUCCAUGGGGCAGAAACUUCUCCACGAGUUUGCUGCUUUGAACUUCGGCACGGGAAGAAACCGCUACGAGUCGUAG